AUGGCGGUAUCGGUGGGAGCAAUGUAUGAGGAACCACUGGACCCGGUGGGAGCAAUGUAUGAGGAACCACUGGACCCGGUCAGAGACCAAAUACAAAUUUUCAAGGAAAAGACGGAGGGUCCUAUAGGAGUUUUAACUACAAGUUCCGGCAGACCUGUUACCUACUGUGAAGCUACCAGCACGUUUAACAAACCGCUGCUGCGUAAUGAAUUAUUCAUGGAUGUGGUGGCUCAUCUCACUAGAGAGAGAAUACCCGAGCGUAUAGUCCACGCUAAAGGCGCCGGAGCUUUUGGUUAUUUUGAAUCAACAAAAGAUAUUUCACAUAUCUGCAAAGCUGACUUUCUAAAAAAAGGAACGAAGACACCGGUUGAAAACAAAAAGUUUGAGCAAUAUUUUGUGAGAUUUCACUUCAUGCCAGAUGCUGGUAUCAAAACCUUAUCAUCUGAAGAAGCUGUACAACGCGGAGCUAUGGAUGCUGACACAUUGACGUUAGAUUUAUACAGAAGGAUUGCUAAUAAAACUUACCCUAGUUGGACAGGUCCUAUAGGAGUUUUAACUACAAGUGGCGGCAAACCUAUUACUUAUUGUGAAGCUACCAGCACGUUCAACACCCCGCUGGUGAACAACGCUUUCUUCAUGGACAUGAUGACGCAUCUCGUUAGAGAGAGACUCUCUGAGCGUAUAGUCCAUGCUAAAGGCGCAGGAGCUUUCGGUUAUUUUGAAUCAACAAAAGACAUCUCACAUAUAUGCAAAGCUAACUUUCUAAAAAGGGGAACGAAGACGCCAGUUGCUCUUCGAUUUUCAACAUCCCGAGGAUUCAGAGGAAGCUCUGAUCUAGACCUAGACGUCAGAGGAUUCGCAGUGAAGUUUUAUACUCGCGAAGGAAACUUUGAUGUUCCUGGAUUUAACACUCCUAUUUAUUUAUAUAAAGAGGCCCUUCACAGUCUGCCUUUCCUUCAUACGUCGAGAAGAAAUCCAGCGACUAACGCUCUCGAUCCUAACAUGUUUUGGGAUAUGAUCACUUUGAUUCCAGAGUCAAUCCAUAUGAUGAUGUUCGUUUUCAGCGGUCGUGGUCUUCCAGAAAGCUACGUAAAUAUGCCUGGUUUUGGAAUUCAUACGUAUCAAGUUGAGAACAAAAAGAAGGAGCUAUAUUUUAUAAGAUUUCACUUUUUGCCAGAUGCUGGUGUUAAAAGCUUACCCUCCGAAGUAGCUGUACAACGCGGUGCUUUUAAUGCUGACAUAUUGACGGUAGAUUUAUACGGCAGGAUUGCUAAUGGAACUUACCCUAGUUGGACAGUUAGUGUACAAAUUUUAAGUUUAGAUGAUGUUAAAAAAGAAGGGGCAAAAGUAUUUGAUGUCACAAGGACUAUACCACUCAAAAAGUAUCCAUUACAUAAAAUUGGUAAAAUAGUGUUGGAUCGAAACCCCAAGAACUAUUUUGCGGAAGUAGAACAGAUGGCAUUUUGUCCGAGUCAUUUAGUGCCUGGUAUAGUUGGAGCGCCUGACAAACUAUUUGAGUCGCGUCGACUCGCAUACAGAGAUGCCCAAUUGUACCGUUUGGGAGGAAACUUUAACAGCAUUCCAGUUAACUGUCCGUUCCAAGUGGAAACACAUACGUAUAAUAGAGACGGCUUAUCUCCAGUUGGAGACAAUCAAAGAGACGUUCCAAACUACUAUCCUAAUUCUUUCCAUGGUCCUGCUCCAGUAAUGACAGAGCAUUGUUCAAGUUUAAUUAGCAUCGUAGAGACUGAGGCAGGCAACUUUGACCAAGCUGCUGAAGUAUACGCCGAAGAGUUGACAGAUAGAGAGCGAGAUGAAUUAAUUAAGAAUGUUGUUUUUGCGUUGUCAACCGUGGUUGAGUCUAUUCAGUUUAGAGCGCUGAAAUUAUUUGCUAAGAUUCAUCAAGACUUUGGAUCCCGUGUGGAACAAGGAUUGAAUAUAACGAUGACGGACAAAACUAUGAAAAAAUGUUAA